AUCUAGACAUUCAAACAAGUGAUUUUUCAAAUACAACCAUUCAAACAAAACAUCAAUUUAGAAUGCACACAUUGACAGAAUUCAUCAAUUUAAAAAAUCACAAUUUCCAAACAACCACUUAAUUUAUUGUAGCACAUUCUAUUUUCAAGAUUGCAAAAUGAAUGUCUUGUAACACAUCCUAUUUUUACUCAAUACGAGAUCUAAACUAAAAUUUUCUUCCAUGACAUAUUCAAUAUAAAUUAUAAAAGAAACAAACAAAUUAAUAAUGCAUGUCAUUAAUGUUGUGUCUAUUUUAUUUUCAAAAUUGAGACAUGAAUGUCUACUUUUAUCAAUAUUCAAAAAAAAAUCAUCAUAUGCCAAAAAUGUAUUAUUAAAGAACUAAAUUGAUCUGGUUUUAGAUUAAAUUACUCCAGAUAACAAAAUAUGCAAGUUAUUAGUUAAUCUAAUUUGAAUUAAAAGACUUUGGACAUCAUGAUAUAAAAGCUAAAUGAGUAAUUAUUCAAUCAUAUUAAAAAGAUAAAUUAAAUAUAUUGAAAUUUAAGAAUUUAAGAAACCAUAAUAUGUAAGAUAAAUGAGUAAUAGUUCAGCCAUAGCCACAUUAAAAAAAUAUAAUAGAAUUUUAAAAAGGUAAGGUAAAUUACCAAUUAUCAAAGUGUCACCUUCAAAAUAUUGAAGACCUAACUUAUAGGAAAAUCUUCAACUUCAGACUAACUUAACUUUCUUGUUACAUUUGUGUAAUUUAGCUCUAGUUUAUACGAAAUUUUGGACAUAAUUUUAAAUGGUUGGAAGCCCACUAGACCAGUUAUAGCUCCGCCCCUAAGUAUAAAACGACUGUAAACCUCACACAGUAAUAAAUUGACAGAAAUUACAUUAAUUUGUGAGAUGUAUAAAUAAAGAAUUAAACCAACGGGGAAUUAUAAUUAAUUCUACAAACGGAUAUUCGAAAGAGCACCUUAUUACUAUUUUCAAUUUAUCCCGUACCAAAAAAAGGAAGAAAAAACGAACAAAUUCCCCAGUCCCCACACGCUCCACCGAGAGCUACUUUUCCCUAGUUCGCACGUGCCGGCCCGUAUUCGAGUUCAACAAAGACAAGGACUUCCUGGUUAUUUCCGAGAAGGAAAAGGACUAAUAAUGUAAUUUUCCAACAACGCCAAAAACCCUCGCUUUAUAUAGCCUGCUGUCCGCCAGCCACAAUCCCUCUUUCGCUCUCUGGUUUAUUUUUGCUUGCAGCGGCUUCUGCUCAUUCGUCUUUCAAUCCAAUCGAGAGCGAAGCCUCUGCAGCAGCACAACCAUGUUGGUCUAUCAAGAUCUCGUCACCGGUGAUGAGCUUCUCUCUGACUCAUUCCCCUACAAGGAGUUUUUGGAUGGAGCUUUGUGGGAAGUUGAUGGAAAGUGGGUUAUUCAAGGCGCAGUCGAUGUCGACAUUGGUGCGAACCCUUCUGCUGAAGGAGGUGGUGAUGAUGAGGGUGUUGAUGACCAGGCUGUUAAGGUUGUUGAUAUUGUCGACACCUUCAGACUUCAGGAGCAACCCGCUUUCGACAAGAAGCAGUUUGUUACCUACAUGAAGAGGUACAUCAAGGUCUUGACCCCUCUCUUGGAAGGGGAGGCCCAGGUGCAGUUUAAGAAAACCAUUGAGCCAGCAACUAAGUUCCUCCUCUCUAAGCUCAGUGACCUCCAAUUUUUCGUCGGGGAGAGCAUGAAGGAUGAUGCCACCUUGGUGUUUGCUUACUACAAGGACGGUGCUGCCGACCCUACAUUUUUGUACCUCCCCCACGCCUUGAAGGAGAUCAAGUGCUAGAAAGAGAGAGAGAUGAGUAGUGGCGCUUAGAAGUUAAACAAACUUCAUUUGCUCUAGUUCUAGUUUUGGUUGUCCCAGUCUUCUUUUCACCGUUAUGUACUCUUAGACUCAGCUUCGGCUCUUUGUUAUGCGUUCGUAUUUCGUUUUGGAACUUGGAAACUUGGGUUCAACGGCUAUUGAGGAUACUUAUUGUUUGGUGUGACACAUAAUUGUGGGUGGUUCGUUAUUAUUGGAUGUGUGUGUGGUUUAUCAGAAUUUACAGGAAUACUGGGCUGAUUGAGGUGAUUCAUUCCUGAGUGAUUGUCUCGGUUUGAGGAUGUUUAGGAACUAGCAGAUUGGCUUGUAAUCUGGGUUAUCUAGUCGUUGUAGAACCUGUACCGUCCUUGCUGUCUUGUGUAUUGUUAUUGGCAGGGAUGAAGACCAAUUCAUUUAGUUCUUCGUCACCAAUGUGCUGACGAUAAAAUUACCUUGGGUUAUGACGAUAUGCAAUGUUCUUGGGUUAAUUUGGGAUAUGAAGUUCAGAAGAUGAAAACAGAAAUUGAUUCUUCACCUGUGCUGCUGUGCAUUAUGACCUCGUUGUUUCGUUUCCUCUUGGUUUUCUUUGUAAUUGAUACUGUAAAUGCGUCUCUUGCUGCUUAAAUUUGUGUCAGAAGUUCAUACCACAUUUUGGACAUUAACUCUCAAUUUUGCACCUGCUUACAGAGGAGUAAUGAAAGGGGUUCUACUAGGGUGGCCCGAUCGGCCUGACCCUUAGCCUGGCUGAGAUACAAAAAGUUACAGAGGUUGGUGCGAUUGUGGUUCAUCGUACCACAUUUUUUGGUUAAUCGCGACAAGAAAUCAUAAAAUAUUGCUAAUCACAUAUUGCACCAUUUUGCAUGGUGUUUGAUCAUUAGUUGUGGUGUACCACAAAUUACAAGUAAUAAAAACUUUAAUUCAACAAAAAAUAUUGGGUGAAUUCCAAGUUCCGUCACUAAAAAGUGUCUGUUUAGUCAUUGGAAAAAAUUAAUAUCAAUAAUUGUCACUAAGUUUGGUAAAACAUGUCAUGUUAGAUCACUCUCCGUUAGUCUCCGUCAAACUCCGUUUGUGAAGUCCGUUAAGUGCUAACGUGGCAAACGGAAUCGCUUAGUCAGCCAGAUCUAACUCAACGAAAAUAAAAUCCGGCCUGACACGUCAUUAAAACCCACCAUGUCAUUAUAAUCAACCUAACCCAACCCUUGAACCAAUCCAAACCCUUUGACCCGACCCUUCUCCUCCUUCCUCCCACCUCCUACUUUCCCCAAAUCCACAAACCAACGGCUGGGCCGCCAGAAUCCUCAAACAACUCAACUCACCGUCGGGCACCAACGAGCACUCCGGUUGCGGCCGCUACAUAUCCCUCCUGAGUCCUGACUAAACUCAUAAGAGAAAUUGUACGCCACCGCCAAGUUCACCAACUCCGCAUCGAGCAAACCCGCUUCGGGACCGGCCCAGAGAGCUCAUUAUGUGCCAAGUUCAGAACUUCGAUCUCGGGCAUAUGACCCAUCAGCGUAUUGAAGCUCACGUCGAAAUGUGCAUAUGGGAGAAGAGCCUGAUUCCUUCGGGGACGUACCCCGUGAGCUGAUUGAUGAGGAAGAGAAUCUCUUUGAGUCUCGAGUUCAUGAACCACAUGCUUAAGGGAUUUGUCCGGUGAACUUGUUGUAGCCCAAAUUGAUGACGGAGUCCGGGGACUUGCCGAGAUUGUCCGGGAUUUCACCAUCGAAUUGGUUGUUGUUGAGGAAGAUGGCGUCGAGGCGUUUGUCGAAGAGGGCAUCAGAGAUUGAACCCGAGAAGGAGUUGAACCGAAGGUCCAGGUAGACGAGAUUGGGGAUGUAGAGGACGGAGGAGGGAACUCAUCGGGGAAUUGGUUGUUGUUGAGGUCUAAUUCCUAGAGGUAAAUUAAGUCACAGAAUGUCU